GGCUGUGUGAACAUGCCGGAUGUGUCAGCUGAGACCGUGUUUGAUGUCCUACAUGACACCGAAUACCGGAAGAAGUGGGACUUGAAUGUUAUCGAAACCCAUGAGAUCGCCCGGCUCUCUGACAACGCUGAUGUGGGAUACUAUUCCUGGAAGUGCCCGAAACCUUUAAAGAACAGAGAUGUCGUCACCUUGAGGUCUUGGAGAAUCUUGGAUAAGUCAUAUGUAAUCCUCAAUUUCUCUGUCAAGCACCAGAAAUACCCUCCCCGCAAGGAUCUCAUAAGAGCUGUGUCUCUCUUAGCUGGAUACCUAGUGCAACCAACUGGACCCAGCAGUUGCUGCUUGACUUAUUUGGCCCAGGUAGACCCAAAAGGAUCCCUGCCCAAGUGGGUUGUGAAUAAAGCUUCUCAGUACCUGGCACCAAAGCUUAUGAAGAAGAUGUACAAAGCUUGUCUGAAGUAUCCCUCCUGGAAGCAGCAACACAACGCAGGCAAAAAACCUUGGCUGCAUCCGGAGCAAAGCCUCCUUCCCACCAUGCCCCUGUCCGAACUCUCCCUCCAACACGCCUCCUC